CUCCCGCACCUCCUUCUCGGAUGUCGUCUCUGUGGGGCCCUGCGUCCAGCUCCGUCUGUUGACGGCGGCCAUGUCUCAGCCCGAGGGCGGAGCGGAGCUGCUGGUCCAGGGGGGGAGCGCCAGGUUCCUGAUGGGCUCCGAGGAUGUGGAGCACGGAGCGAUGAGGAGCGAUAUGGGACUGGACGAGGACGAGGACGACGAGUUGCUGUCCGAGCGGCAGAUCGUGGUGGGCAUCUGUGCCAUGAUGAAGAAGUCCACGUCCAAGCCCAUGACGCAGAUCAUGGAGCGGCUCUGUAAGUUUGAGUACAUCACUGUGGCCAUCUUCCCCGAGGAGGUCAUCCUCAACGAGCCUGUGGAGAAGUGGCCUCUCUGUGACUGCCUCAUCUCGUUUCACUCCAAAGGAUUCCCACUGGACAAAGCUGUGAGUUAUGCCAAAUUAAGAAAUCCUCUCCUUAUCAAUGAUCUCAACAUGCAGUACUUCAUCCAAGACAGGCGUGAAGUGUACCGGAUCCUGCUUGAGGAGGGGAUUGACCUGCCACGCUAUGUGGUGUUAAACAGAGACCCUGACAGACCAGAAGAAUGUAACCUGCUGGAGGGCGAGGACCAGGUGGAGGUGAAUGGAGAGGUGUUCCCGAAGCCUUUUGUGGAGAAGCCGGUCUCCGCCGAGGACCACAACGUUUACAUCUACUACCCUACCUCAGCUGGGGGGGGCAGCCAGCGCCUCUUCAGAAAGAUCGGGAGUCGCAGUAGUGUGUAUUCCCCUGAGACCGCUGUGAGGAAGACGGGCUCUUAUAUUUACGAGGAGUUCAUGCCUACUGAUGGCACAGACGUCAAGGUCUACACUGUGGGUCCAGAUUAUGCGCAUGCGGAGGCUCGUAAGUCUCCAGCUCUGGAUGGAAAGGUGGAAAGAGACAGUGAGGGGAAGGAGAUCCGCUACCCUGUCAUGCUCACCGCCAUGGAGAAGCUGGUGGCUCGCAAAGUGUGCCUUGCCUUCAAACAAACGGUGUGCGGUUUCGACCUCCUCAGAGCCAACGGCCACUCCUUUGUGUGCGAUGUCAACGGGUUCAGCUUUGUAAAGAACUCCAUGAAGUACUAUGAUGAUUGUGCCAAAGUUCUUGGGAACAUGAUCAUGCGGGAACUGGCCCCUCAGUUUCACAUCCCCUGGUCAAUCCCGAUGGAGGCUGAGGACAUUCCCAUAGUGCCCACUACCUCAGGAACCAUGAUGGAGCUGCGCUGUGUCAUAGCUGUUAUCCGUCAUGGAGACCGCACACCCAAACAGAAGAUGAAGAUGGAAGUGCGGAAUGCUCUGUUCUUUGACCUUUUUGAGAAGUAUGGUGGAUACAAGUCUGGAAAGCUGAAAUUGAAAAAGCCAAAACAACUUCAGGAAGUGCUGGAUAUUGCCCGUCAGCUGUUGGUCGAGCUUGGACAGCACAACGAUUGUGAGAUCGAGGAGAAGAAGUCCAAACUGGAGCAGCUGAAGACCGUUCUGGAGAUGUACGGACAUUUCUCAGGGAUCAACAGGAAGGUGCAGCUGACGUACCUGCCCAACGGUCAGCUCAAAGCCUCCAGUGAGGAAGAAGACUCUCAGAGGGAGGGCCCGUCCCUGCUGCUGGUGUUGAAGUGGGGAGGUGAACUGACCCCUGCAGGCAGGGUGCAGGCUGAGGAGCUGGGCAGGGCCUUCCGUUGCAUGUACCCUGGAGGACAAGGUGAUUACGCUGGCUUCCCUGGUUGCGGCCUGCUGAGACUCCACAGCACAUACCGCCAUGACCUCAAGAUCUACGCCUCAGACGAGGGCCGUGUGCAGAUGACCGCCGCUGCGUUUGCCAAGGGUUCGCUGGCCCUCGAGGGCUUAACCCCCAUCCUGGUGCAGAUGGUGAAGAGUGCCAACAUGAACGGCCUGCUGGACAGUGACAGCGACUCACUGACCGACUGCCAGCAGCGGGUCAAAGCCCAUCUGCACGAGAUCAUGCAGCGGGAGCGCGACUUCACCAAGGGGGACUACGAGAAGCUGCUGGCUCCUACAGGCAGCCCAUCCCUCAUCAGCUCCUUGAAGAUCAUAAGAGCAGCAGUGAAGACCUGUGAUGCAGUCCUUAUCCGGGGUCUCACGCCAAUCCGUGAAACUGGAGAUCCCAAAUCUGCAAACCUGCAGCUGUACCACAGCGAGACGCUGAAAUGGUGUUUUUUUUUUCUCUCAGACCUGCAGCUGUACCUGGCGAGCGCUGGAGCUCAUGCUGCAACUUGGUCCAAACUGGAAAGGGGACUUCGCACCAAAGGCGGCCAUCACGACAUCAGCAAGAUCCCCGACAUCUACGACUGCAUCAAGCACGACACGCAGCACAACGCCUCCCUGGCCCUGGAGGACACGCUGGAGCUCUUCCACUUGUCAAGGCCCUGGCGGACAUCAUCAUCCCCCCAGGAGUAUGGCAUCAGCAGGCCAGAGAAGCUGGACAUUGCCAGCGCCUACUGCCUGCCCCUGACCAAGAAGAUCCAGCUGGACCUGCAGAGGACUCACGAGGACGAGGCUGUGAACAAGCUGCACCCACUGUACUCCCGAGGCGUGAUGUCUCCGGGUCGCCAUGUGCGGACCCGGCUCUACUUCACCAGCGAGAGUCACGUCCACUCCCUGCUCAACGUCUUCCGCUACGGUGGCCUGCUCAGCGAGGAGAAAGAUGAGCAGUGGAGGCAGGCGAUGGAUUACCUCGGUGCUGUUUCUGAGCUCAAUUACAUGACUCAAAUAGUCAUAAUGCUGUACGAGGACAACAACAAGGAUCCAUCCUCUGAGGAGCGCUUCCAUGUUGAGCUGCACUUCAGCCCUGGAGUGAAGGGAGGAGAUGACGAUGACAACGCCCCUUUGGGCUUCGGCUUCCGUCCAGCCUCAUCUGAGAAUCAUGAGAAGCAGACCAACCCAGGAAGCUUGGAGGACCUGUCCCAGGAUGCACCUGAGCGGGCCAUGCUCUCCGACCCCAUCUGCAUCCUGAAGAAGUCUCAGCUGAUUCGGAGCAGGAAGACCGGCUCCAUGGAGGUGACCACACCGACCAACCGCGUUCAUGUAGGGCGUGUCCAGCUCUGCAACCACGUUCAUGUAGGGCGUGUCCAGCUCUGCAACCGCGUUCAUGUAGGGCGUGUCCAGCUCUGCAACCGCGUUCAUGUAGGGCGUGUAGGGCAAAGUCCAGCUCUGCAACCGCGUUCAUGUAGGGCGUGUAGGGCAAAGUCCAGCUCUGUAACUGCACUGUGCCCAGUAACUCAAGGGCCAGUGUCAUUAUCAGGGUUUGCGUUAUCUUUGGGCCUGGAUGACGAUGGCCUUGCCCACAAGCUGCGGGAGGCGAAUGUGCUGGAGUGGUGCCGGGGCAGUAGGCCAGGUGCUGGGGCAGUGCUGGUGUUGUGUGCUGGGGCAGCAGCUGGCCAGCAGGGGGCAGUGCUGGUGUGUGCUGGGGCAGGGGCAGUGCUGGGGGGCUGGAGGGGCAGUGCUGGGGGUAGUACAGGGCUGGGGGCAGUGCUAGAGGUCAGCAGGGGCAGUGGGGGCAGUGCUAGAGGUCAGCAGGGGCUGGGGGCAGUGCUGGGGGGCAGUGCUGGGGGCAGUGCUGGGGGGGCAGUACGGGGCUGGGGGGCAGUGCUGGGGGGCAGUACAGGAGGGAGUCUGGUUUCGGGCCUCUUCAGCGCCGCAGGCCGGGCUGUCUCUUGCAGCCCCAACCUCAGCGACCUUGGCCACGCAGCCCCCGAGCACAUGCCUCCCUCUCUCUUCCCUCGUUCUUCCUCCGUUCUUCCUCCUCCAGAGCCAGAGGAGGAGCAGCGUGUUGUCCAGCUGCUGUGUGGUCUGCCCGGUGGCCCGGCUCUGGCUGACCACCUCCACCACUGCUCCUACCACCUCCGCCUGCUCACCACGUGGCUGAGCUCUGGCCAGGAGCCGCCCGAGGGCCUCUCUGGGUUCGAAGGCUGCUCCUUGGUGCCGUCCAUCUACCCCCUGGAGACGCUGCACAACUCGCUCUCGCUCAAGCAGGUGGACGAGUUCCUCACGGCCGUCUGUGAGGACGUAGGGGACACCCACUCCAAGACUCUCAAAGCUCUCUCCGCCCUGUUUGAGUCCCAGUCCAUGGACGUCUACUCCCAGUCGGCGACGACAUCGCCUGCACCCCCCGACGCUCCACGCUCACCCCUGCCCCACCCAGAGCCCCCUCUCUGCUGUCAGGAUAUCAGUAGCCCCUCCAGCACGAUGUCCAGUCCAGGGCCCCCCUCCCCUCUGUUGGACCCUUGUGUGAGUGAGUGAGGGAGACCAGACCGCUCUCUCCUUCCAUCCUACUGGGACACCUCGGAGCUGAUCAUACACACACACACACCCCCACACACACACACACACACCUCCAUAUCCAGGGGCUGACU